UCAACACAGGCUUUUGAUACAUGGAAGAGAGAAGGCCUCGUCAUUCCCCGCCGCCGCCGCGAGGGCCAUAUCCAUGGCUCGUGUUUGAUCACGGCAGAGGCCUCAGAAACCAGACUUUCUACUCCAUAUCACACCCACCCUCCAACCAAAACAACAACUCCUCUGUUCGGUCUGUUCCAGAAUUACGCAACAACUACGUUCACAAUUCGUGUCACGGCUGGCUGAUUCUAUCCGACGAAGAUGACCAGUUCUCCCUCUUCAACCCCGUCACCCUGGAGUCCAUCCUUCUACCGCCUCACGACGAACUAGACCCGAAAACUGAUAUCAACGCCUGUGCUUUGUCGUCCCCUCCGGCCGAUCCAAGCUGCACGCUCUUUUUAUUCGACGGCGGUCUACGCAGAAUACUCUACUGUCGUCUUGAAAACCAAGUUUGGUUUGAGAAAAGAUACGGUAAAGUGAUCGAGGCCAUAGCCGAAAGUAGUGCUGGCCGCAAAAAUUAUCUUCGCAGUCCUGUUAGUUGCAACGGCAAAUUAUACGCCGAAACAUAUUAUGGAGGCGAGCUCGUAUCAAUUGACACAACCGAACAAAGUACUAGCGAUCUUUUCAUAAGACCGUUGGGGACUAGACUACCUUCAGAUUACGAGCCGCUUUCACAAUGGGCUCAACUGGUCUUGGUCGAAUCUGGUGGGGAACUUUUCACCAUAGCUACCCUAGGUGGGGGAAGAUUACUCAGGCAAGUUGUUGGUAUCCAGAUUUUCAAAUUGGACUGGGCUUCUGUGACUUGGGAGAGAGUGGACAACGCCAAAGACCGAGCAUUUUUCUUGUGCAACCGUUAUGCGAUUUCGUGCCCUGCUACCGACCAGGAUCAAGUAAGAGGGAAUUGUGUGUAUUUCCCUGGAUACACAGAUAGAGACUUGUGCAUGUACGACAUUGCUGAUGGAAGUAUUUCACUACUUUUGCCUUGUCUAAAUUUAUCGACACCAUGGGAGUCACCUUUUUGGGUUUUGCCUGAUUUGAGGUUACCAAACUUGAAUAUAGAAGCUCUUGCCAUAACUGGAAAUAAAGAGCAAAAGGAGGAGGAGGAGGAGGAGGAGGAAGAAGAAGAAGCAGACGAGAAAGAUGAAGAGAGCGAAGAGGGAGCAGAAACAGAAGAAAAUGAGAAGACUGAAGCAAAAGAGGGACUAGACCGGCGCCAUCAUCCUCUAUCAUCUCCAUGGCUUAUGAAUUUUGAGAAAAACAACGGUGUUUGCAGCUUUGUUGACCCAAGUGGCGGAGAUAGAUACCUCGUUCGGAUCCCCAAAUCGCUGCAAGAUUCUAUCCUCUGCCAUUGCAGUGAUGGUUGGUUACUGUUGUGUCAACACUUGCCAACAACUGAUUUUCCAGAAGAAGGAUUCCAACAUUGCUUAACCUUUUUCAACCCUUUUACCAAGGAAAUUGUAACACAUCCGGCCUUGCUUCGUCUAGGCCUGAUGUGUGGCUUAACACGCUUUGGCUUCUCAUCCGUGCCAUCUUCUUCCGAUUGUGUUGUCGUUGCGGCCACGUUUUGUUACACCAGUGUUGGCAUAUACACCAGUCGUGCAAGGGAGGAGGAAUGGAGUUACAAUGUGGUGGAAUACGCUCCAGUUUUCCAACCAAGUUUCAGCAGUCCGAUUUUCACCAACAACGCCUUUUACUUCAUGGGCGAGAGUGGAAAUCUUGGAGUUCUGAGACUAGAGGGAGGUGCUGGCUGCGAUUGGGAAGUUCUAGCGAACACCAAAACGCCUUGCGACUCUUUCGACCGCAACUUCUUGGCCGGGUGUGACGGAGAGCUUCUCUCGAUUUUCGUCGGUGUCAUGGGAAAAUGGGUGCAGGUUUUCAAGUUGAACCCUUCUACAAUGAGCUGGGAGAGAGUUGAGAGUGUGGGAAACCAUACGUUGUACAUCAGCGCUUUAUCGGCUCUCUCGGCGGAGGCAAAAGCCCCUAAAAUGGAGGAAAAAAUCUUCUUUUCCAGAUUUUAUGGGCAGGGCGUUGCUGCUUAUUCUCUUAGCACAGGAAUGCACCACUACUCUUCAGGGAGUGAAGAAGGCUCACUGAAGGAUUACUAUGGUACAAGGGAGCAACUUUCUAGUGGUUGGAUUGUGCCAAGGUGGCUCUAGGUUUUUUUUUUUUUUGAAAGGCU